AUGGAUUCUCCACCAUGGCGGGAAGUUCAAGAUGACCUAGGUCGACCAGCACCAUCAAAUUAUCCGGUGACGAUGGAUGUUACUGAUGGCGAAUUUGUCCGAUUACAUUCACUGUUCAAAAAUCAUGAUUUUCUCAAAAUAGAACUUAAUUCAGAUGAUUUUCUUCAUGGUGUGACAAAACUGUGUUCGACGGGCAUUCGCGUUAUGAUUAAUGGUGUUGAAAAAGUGUACUAUGGUGCACUUUUUUUUACUGUCGGCGAUUAUCUGGCUCAGCAACAAUUCCAUGGAAGAAAAGAAUCAGUGUCAGUCAAAAGGCUUUGUCCUUGUUGUGAUGUUAGUUCUGAUAAUUAUAUUGACAGUAUAGAUCAAGUUCCCUCCCCCUAUAGUAUAGAACAGUAUGAACAAGCAUGCACAAUUAUUGAAAGCAUGACUACCGCGAAUAAUCCCAGUACGCUUGAAUUUUGGCGAAAGUUUUAUGGUAUAAAUGUAAGAAGUAUUUUUUACAAUUCACUAAAUUUUGAUCCAACUAUUCAAGUAUUAUUUGAUCCAAUGCACGUUCUCCUUCAGAGAGUGUGUAAAUUUCAUCUCAACGUUUUCUUGGACUAUUGUAGGAGAAAUAAUGUAUUUACAAUUGACGAAUUUUGCCAUGAGGUGAAUACAUUUGAAUAUGAUAUUAACGAGUCGUCAUACAAGCCUCAUCUGAGUAUUAAACUUGAAGAUGUAGCCGCACAAAUAGGUGGAGAUGAAUUGCACGCAGAUAUUGAUGCAUGGGGUUUAUCACCUGAAACAACACAUACAGCAAAAACUUGUAAAAUAAAUGAAAUAUGUUAUUCAAUUGGAACGGUAUUAUGUACAUCUAGUCAAUACUUGACACAUGCACCGCAAUUAGCCCAAAUUGUUUACAUUUUUAUUAUUGGUGAUAAUACAGUUUUUGGUAUUCGGUUUUUAAAAACUGUCAACUAUGAUGAAUAUCUUAGAGCGUUUAAGGUACAGGGAAGAGAACGUUUUGGGACCAUGGCAGCUGCUGAUUUAAAGUAUGUUUGGUCAUUAAAAAAUGGUUAA